GUUUGAACUUGAAUCACUGCAGCCGCUUUCGGAAGCCGAGUCAAAUGAGUACCUGGGUAUCCGAAACAUCUGUAUCAGAAACGCUGCCAUCGCCCUUCGCUCGGAGCAGCUUGCCAUGCACUUGGAGGACUCCAUCGUCUAUGGUAGCCCUCUGCGAGG